UUGUAUUGACAAUAAAAAUUAAAAUAAUAAAUAAACAGAAGCAGAGGGCAGCAAUUCGGGCGCAUAUGCUAAAGUUCUCGUUGGUUAACACGCACUCCUCGUAUUCUCCCAACCCCAGCGGCAUCUUCAAAGCCGCUUGCUUUCACCAAAAACCCUAGAGAUUCUCAUUCAUCCCCGACAAACCCAAAUCAAAAUCAAGAUCUAUGGAGCCCUAAUCAGAAGAAUCUCAAGGUAUCGCAAGCUCGUCUGCUGGAACUAUAACAAAUACUUUCAUUUAGGAAUCUGAGUCAAUUAAGUAGUUGCAAUGGGUGAUAACAACAAUUCUCCACCUGGGUCUCCUAAGGAGGCAGAUCAUGAUUCUGAUGCAAACCAACUUGUUAAGGAUGAUAGCUCACUGGAAACCAUAGUCCGAAAGUUCCAAGAUUCAAUGUCAAUUGGAAAAAGGCACGCAUUUUGGGAAACUCAACCUGUUGGGCAAUUUAAGGAUCUUGGGGAUGUCAGCUUGGCCGAGGGCCCGAUUGAGCCCCCCACACCGUUGUCUGAGGUCAAACAAGAGCCUUACAAUCUUCCGACUCAAUAUGAAUGGACCACAUGUGACCUGGACUCUGAAGGUACCUGCACUGAGGUCUACAAUCUGUUGAAGAAUAAUUAUGUUGAGGAUGAUGAGAACAUGUUUCGAUUCAAUUACUCGAAGGAGUUUCUCAGGUGGGCUCUGCACCCUCCUGGUUAUUUUAGGAGCUGGCAUAUUGGUGUUCGUGCAAAGACUAACAAGAAGCUGGUUGCUUUCAUUACUGGUGUUCCUGCUAGAAUCCGGGUCCGUAAUGAGAUAGUGAAAAUGGCUGAGAUUAAUUUCUUAUGUGUGCAUAAGAAGCUUAGGUCGAAGAGACUUGCACCUGUUAUGAUCAAGGAGGUCACAAGGAGGGUUCAUUUGGAGAAUAUAUGGCAAGCAGCAUACACAGCUGGAGUAGUUCUUCCAACUCCAAUCACAACUUGCCAGUACUGGCAUAGGUCUUUGAACCCAAAGAAGCUUAUUGAUGUUGGGUUUUCAAGGCUUGGUGCUAGGAUGACUAUGAGCCGAACAAUAAAACUGUACAAGUUACCAGAUUCACCAGCUACUCCUGGAUUCAGGAAAAUGGAACUUCGUGAUGUCCCUGCUGUAACUCGGUUGCUUAGAAACUACUUGAGCCAGUUUGUGGUUGCACCAGAUUUUGAUGAAAAUGAUGUGGAGCAUUGGCUUCUUCCUGAGGAGAAUGUGGUGGACAGUUACUUGGUCGAGAGCCCAGAGACUCAUGAGGUGACCGACUUCUGCAGCUUCUACACUCUUCCUUCGUCUAUCCUCGGCAAUCAGACCUACUCAAUCUUGAAGGCUGCAUACUCCUAUUAUAAUGUAUCCACAAAGACUCCACUGCUUCAGUUGAUGAAUGAUGCUCUAAUCGUAGCAAAACAGAAGGAUUUUGACGUCUUCAAUGCGCUGGAUGUCAUGCAGAAUGAGUCAUUCUUGAAAGAGCUCAAGUUUGGACCUGGUGAUGGGCAACUUCACUACUACCUCUAUAAUUAUCGGAUGAGGAAUGCAUUGAAACCCUCAGAGCUCGGGCUUGUACUGUUAUAGUUUUUCCAGUCUUUGGUUUUGCACUGUGAACCGAGAAAUUAUUUCCGUUUCUGUUUUUCCCCCUAUUUUGUGGCCAGCUAGCUGAUGCUUUCAUUUGUCUUGCUCCUUUGGAUCAACAACAGAGAAUGAGAUGUUGGCAAUUACAUCUUAAACAUUUUCCCUUAUUU